AUGGGUGACAGAAGCCCCUUCGAAACGGACAUGCUCACCCUCACCCGUUACGUCAUGGAAAAAGGGCGACAGGCCAAGGGAACUGGGGAGCUCACCCAGUUGCUGAAUUCCAUGCUGACGGCCAUCAAAGCCAUCUCCUCGGCUGUGCGCAAGGCCGGCCUGGCCAACCUGUAUGGAAUUGCAGGAAGUGUGAAUGUGACAGGAGAUGAGGUGAAGAAACUGGAUGUGUUGUCCAACUCCCUGGUGAUCAACAUGCUUCAGUCCUCUUACAGCACCUGUGUCCUGGUCUCCGAGGAGAACAAAGAGGCCAUUAUCACCGGCAAGGAGAAGCAGGGGAAAUAUGUGGUCUGCUUUGACCCUCUGGAUGGGUCUUCCAAUAUUGACUGCCUGGCCUCCAUUGGAACCAUUUUUGCCAUCUACAGAAAGACCACGGAGAGUGAGCCUUCAGAAAAGGAUGCCCUGCAGCCUGGCCGCAAUAUUGUGGCUGCAGGCUAUGCACUCUAUGGUAGUGCAACUCUGGUGGCUCUUUCCACAGGGCAAGGUGUGGAUCUCUUCAUGCUGGACCCGGCUCUUGGAGAAUUUGUGCUGGUAGAAAAAGAUAUCAAGAUUAAGAAGAAAGGAAAGAUUUAUAGCCUCAAUGAAGGCUAUGCCAAGUAUUUUGAUGCUGCCACAACUGAGUAUGUGCAGAAGAAGAAAUUCCCUGAGGAUGGCAGUGCUCCCUAUGGGGCCAGGUAUGUGGGCUCCAUGGUGGCUGAUGUUCAUCGCACCCUGGUCUAUGGAGGAAUCUUCAUGUAUCCAGCCAAUCAGAAGAGUCCUAAGGGAAAGCUCCGGCUCCUGUAUGAAUGCAAUCCUGUGGCCUACAUCAUUGAGCAGGCAGGAGGCAUGGCAACCACAGGCAGCCAGCCUGUGUUAGAUGUGAAACCAGAGAAUAUUCACCAGCGAGUCCCUCUCAUUCUGGGCUCCCCAGAUGAUGUUCAGGAAUAUCUUGCCUGUGUGCAGAGGAACCAGGCAGGCAGGUAGUGGGUGUGGCCUGCGAGUCUUCUUCUUGUUGUCUUGCACUCUGUGCUAAGGACUGAUGGUGAUUGGUAAAUGGAGGUGUCAUGGAUGAGGAAAAAGUGCCAACCCUCCAGAUCACACUCGAAAAAGCAGCAGCCAACCGUCACAGGGUUAAGAGCAAGAAGCAAUGCUAUGGUCA